AUGGCCGGUGCGGAGCAGCACGGGGAAGGGCACGAGUCGGACGAGGGGCAAAGGAUCAUUGGGGACGGGCAGAGGCGCUCGGAUCUCGAGGCGGGCCUGGGGGAGAGCGAGGAUGAGGAGGUGGCGUCCGCGCGGGAGCCGGCCAGGGGGAACGGCGCCAAGGGGCCAGACAAAACAUGCCCGCCCUCCACCAGCGACGGGAACACAGAAGCGGACUGCCGCAUCUGCCUUCUGUCGGACAAACUUGGCAACUUGAUCACGCCCUGUGCAUGUGACGGGACGUUGAAGUAUUGCCACUACAAAUGCCUCAAGCAUUGGGUGAAAGAGAGCCGUUCUUUGAGCUGCGAAAUCUGCGGGCAGGCGUACUUGGAACCCUUCCGAACCAAGCUCGCCAACACUGUUGCCCGGGCAGAAAAAUUGGAGCAAGAGAGGAGAGAUGCUGCUCUUGCAGCACAGCUUACUGGUGUUGGGGCCAGUGACAAUAUGUUGCCAGCUGAUAAUCGGCCAGCUGGUCGCCUGUGGUGCCGCGUCAUACUGCUGAUCUUGGUCACGGUUGGCUUGCUGUAUAUUGUGCUGUUUCUCUCAAAGGGGAGUCACUUUUCCUUCUGGACGGUCAUGCUGCUGCGAGUGUUGAGUUUUGUGGUCCCCUUCUAUUUAAUUGGACGGGGCAUCAUGGCUCUACAAAAAUACCGCCAAGAGAGGGGUCUCAUUGUGGACCAGUGA